AAGGUAAACAAACGCCUCGCUAAUGCUAGCAGCACGGUGAGAUCUGUCCACAAUGUAGUUACAGUGAGAGUCAGAGUGAAUGGCAGUCAGUGUAAUUGUAUUGGACCUUGUGGGACGCUGUUUUGAACCGAAGUCGCUCCCGGUGAGUCUUGAAUGAGUUGCUCCAGCCGGUGUUUUGCCACGUACACCUGAACGUUAAUAAGGAAGUGGUGUUGGUGUGUCGAUGGAGCAGAAGCUGGCGGAGUUCAGAGCCAGACGACAGGCUGAAAAUGCUGCUGUAAAGGUCGAGGGUGUUGAUCCGCAGUGCAGAGCACGGACAGUAGCGGACACAGCCCCUCAGACUGAAACAACAACAACAACAACAACAACAACAGACAAUCAACAGACAAAGGAGGAGACAGGAAAUAUCAGAGAUUCACCUGAGAGCUCUCCGAGGAAGGACCGUAGUGAUUGGCUGCUGGACAGCGCUCUGGGAAGAUGGCUGACUUCGGGACAAUUGGUCUUCUCAAACCUCGCUCUGCUUAAAGUGCUGCUGUGGCUGGUGCUGCUCGGUCUGUUUGUUGAACUGGAGUUUGGCCUGCCUUUCUUCGUCAUUUCCCUCUUCUACUGGCUCUAUGAAGGACUCCGUAGUCCAGCUGCCCGCGAACCUGGAGAACUGAGCGCUUAUUCUGUCUUCAACCCAGACUGUCAGCCUCUGCUGGGCUCUCUCACUGCAGAGCAGCUGGAGGGAGAGAUGGGUUACAGACCUCUGGCUAACAGAUGAAGCGCUUGUGAUUUGCACAUUUAUAUAUUUAAAAAAAAAGAUCAGAUCUUUUUGUCUUUUCAAAAAUGUUAAUUUUAUUCAGGAAUGCACAGUGACUUAAAAUAGUAAUUAUUUCUGUAUAACACAUUAAAUUGAGAUUGGUUUGCUUACA